CAGAUGUUCAGUGACCCAUUCUCAUAAGAGUAAAAGAAUAAGGCGGCAAUUUGGGGGCGGUUGUUGGUAAGGUGAACAACUAGCGACGAAAAUCAGGGGUUCGGUGCCGAAUACUGUGCGACUUCAGUUCAUGACUCUUGGCUGCUGAUGUCGAUCAAGUGAUCCUUUCGAAGCCCCCAGCCACUGCAACGCGCCCACCCGCGGGUAUGUCGUGGUCUUUUUCUGUUUUAUUCCCUGACUGCUCAGUGCUCCUCGUGAACAGAUACAUCUUCACAUCGAGGUGCCGACCACCGCAGUCGCCCAAUCUCCGAAACGGGACAUGACUACGACAUCAUCAGUCACCCUUCGAGGGGACUGGGUCCCUAGCAAUCAAGCCAAUUGCCUCAAGACGGACGACAUUUGGCAAUGGGACUAUGGCAUUUCAGAGGACCGGAGAACAGUUGUGGGCGGGCCUUCGCAGACGAGGGAGUGCCUCCCGAGGGCAUGGAGCAGGGAUAUGACAUACGCGGGCACGCAGUGUCCUCCCCGGUACACUGAAGCGUGCCAGGCGACAGGAGAGAGCCAGGCGGUUGUCUGCUGCCCAACGCUGCACGAUUUCACCUGUCAACCGUCGUCUAUUCUAACGACCGCUCCUCACGCCUCCAUCUUCCGCUGCAUGUCUCAAUAUACCGACACGGGCACCUGGGUCGUGACGCAGACAUAUAUGUUGUCGGAGUCAAGCACAAAUCUUGCGACUCCGACAUACCAGCCCCCUUACCAUCUCUUUGCACUUGCGAUCAUCUAUGCAACGCCAACUCCGGGAACCGAUGCAUCAUCGACUGGUACCAACGCCUCACCAACCGCCUCAUCAACCGACUCGACUUCCUCCGCCCCUAUCCCAUCGAGUAGUGAAGAACCCUCCAGCGGGUCACUGUCCGCUGGUGCGAGUGCUGGAAUUGGUGUUGGGGCAGCAGCAGGCGCGAUAUUGCUCGCUGUAGCCGGGUGGCUGCUGUACCGGCGAAGGAAGAACUCCAGGCCGCGGGCGCAACCUCCGCAGACAGAGCCAAUGCACCAAGAAGGUGGAUACGGGUACUACCAGCACGGAACACCAGACCCAAAUAAGAGCCAUACACAAUCGCUGCGCUCCGAGCUCCCGCCGCACAGCGCUCAGCGCACAGAGCUACCCACCCAAGCUCCUGUGGAGCUUGACACUGGACGUUGAUACACCCGGUCUGGGCUAAAAAUUGUGCAAUCACUUCGGGGGUGGUUUGCUUCUGAAUUGAUCCGUACACAUACGAAACCGUUUGCGGCCGCUUCACACAGUUUCAACGCGCAAGGUUUCCGCUUCCUAGGUUCGUAAUGCAGGCGAUGCUGGAUUUGAUGUGAAAUAGAUGAUAAAGCUUAAACAAGGACGCGGAAUUUCGAGAUUGUAUAUAUUACAUAGCAUUACUCACAGAUGAGCAUACUGGCAUUAUAUGAGCGUGUAUCAAAGUGAAAUAUUCUUGCGCAACAGACGACUCCUCGAAUUUCUAUGUUAGUAUUUCUAUUGAUCGACCAUUUGGCUC